AUGACAGAGUUUCAAAGCCCCGCGUGGCGGGGGACGGAACUGGCGCGUGUCGAGAAAUCAGUGAACUCCAUCUUUCGCUCCGAGCUGAAACACUGGGAUAUGGGCUGGGGCGCCGCUUGCACCACUGAUGCCUCUCCCCGACACGCCUUGUGUGGUGCUCCCAUCGUUCCGCGAACGCUCAUGUGCACGGCUGCGGAGGAUGAGCACUUACAACCCGAUGAUUUAACAGCAACAUCUGAGCCAAUACUGUGA